AUGAAAACGUUGAUAUCUAUGUACUUCCUUACCAGAAGCUUAAAUUUCAUACAAGAUCGAUUUAAUAUUGGUCCCCUUACACUUUUGUAUGUGGACGGUGGACGAAUUAGCCCAGUUCUUGCAGCGACUGCCUCAACGACUGGACUCUCUCUCUCUCUUUCUCUCUCUCUCACUCUCUCUCUCUUUCUCGCGCUGUCUCUCUAUCUCUGGGUUUCACUCUCUUUGUCUCUCUAUCGCCUUUCUUUGUCACAGAGACCCGUUGCUGAGAUCGAACCUAGACGACUAGAUUCUUCUUCUUCUUCUUCUUCUUCUUCUUCUUCUUCUUCUUCUUCUUCUUCUAUGUCCUCUGUCCCUUCAGGGCCUCCUUGUAUUUGCUCACUCUCUCUUUAUCUCUCUCUCUCUCUCUCUCUCUCUCUCUCUCUCUCUCUAUCUAUCUAUCUAUCUAUCUAUCUAUCUAUCUAUCUCUCUUUCUCCUGCACACACUCUCUCUACAUUAGGCCUUGA